AUGGCGUCUAGCGGAGGCCACAUACUGGUGCCGCAAGCCAUGCGGCUGCUCCGGUAUGGCUUCGACAAGGCCGCUAAGUUGAUCCGUGAUCGACUGCCGCAAGCAACGCGAGCUGUCGAGACACAGGCGCAGCCGGUCUAUGCACGUAUCGUCCGAACGUCCGUCAACCGACUCGCCGCUAUCAAGCAAUCCCAGAGCCGCUGGCAUUCGAACAAGGCAACCAUCAACAAUACCAUACGCCAAUUCUCCUCUCAAUCUGCAGGUCCGAGAACACGGGCUUCCUACCCUUCUUCACGUACGGCGAGCGCAGUGAGUCAACUCACUUCGCGUACGCCCUUCGCUUCCCAGCUCCGACCCAACUUGACCGGAGGCACACUCGCACGCCACGCAGGUGGCUAUGGUCUCGGAGGUGGAGCAAGAUCAGGCGCCAGAUACUUCUCUCACUCUCCAGCUGCACCAGCGCAGGUCAUCAACAAUGUCUCGCAGGCAGCGCGUGCGUUCUGGUUGGGUGGCUCCAAGGCUAGAUUCGAUGGCUACAGUGAGAGAACUGGAGAGAAAAGGUAUCGUGCGGUGUCCGAUGUCCAGGACGACAUCCGUCACGCCCUCGAAAUGCACGCUCCGGCUGCAAAGGGCUCUUUCAUCGACUUCAAGGUCUCACCAACUAUCACUGCCGUUGGACCUCUGGCCAGUCUGCCUCGUUCAAGUGUUUCGAGUCCUGCCUGUGAACUCGAGCAGUAUCCCGAAGCUACGGGUCUGAACAACGCUUUGCUUAUGUCCAGCCUUGGGGUCGACUUUGCUCGAGCAUUGAAAGAUCUUGCUGCAAUCUUCAAUGAUCUGAAACACCUCUCGACUCUCGGCGAUCUGCCCAUUGCUUUACACGACUCAAGCACCCUCCGGGUACGCUUUCCUGGCUGUGACAUUGACACUGUCGAAGCAUUGUGCACGGAGCUCAACAUCCGUCGCGGAAUCGUUGGGCAAGAUGAAGGCUUCGAUAUUGCUGCAGGGACCGAGAUGGCGCUACUGUUUCCGUUUGCUCCUUCCAAGAACUGCUCAGAGGCUGGCAUCGAUGCCGUUCUGCGACCGAAGAAGAGGCUUCGCACAACGCGUGACAAAGUAGACUGGCAACAUAUGAUGCAAGCUCCGGCAGCGUUAUCGCCAGGCUACUCUCACCAAUCAGCCACAAGCGACUACUCUGUCGUAGAAGGUGCCAGCGAACUGCAGGAGAAUCCUUGGCUGAGCCCGCUCUCUGGCUACUCAAGCUUACACUCCAGCGAACUUGGUGUAAACGACGAUGUGGCUGCCUAUUUCACGCCUCGUCACGAUUGUCAUCCACGGCAACAUGGCACGGAUGAUCCGACAGGAUACGACGGUAUCGAAGGCAUACAUCGCUUCCUGCAGGAGUGCAGUCGCGCACAGCACUAG